CUCAGAGGAGAUUUGUUCAUGACGAAGGGGAUCAUACGUGCCUGAGGAGAAGACAUUUCGUGGGACUUGGUCAUGGAAGUGGAUCCACGCAAGUUAACGGUGAUCAGGGCAAACGGAAGUUGGGUAACACCUGGACUAGUGGAUGUUAACUCUCAGCUCGGGAUUUUGAGCUCACCCACUGUUCGUGGCUUAGAUGAUUUGGGCUGCAGAAAAGGCCCCAUCCUGUCAUGGCUACGGAGCAUCGAUGGACUUCAUACCCGUGACAAUGCUUUCGAAUUAGCUUUGGUUGCGGGAGUCACUUCUGCCCAAAUCCUCGCUGGAACUUCGAACAGUAUAGGUGGUCAGGCUUUUGUGAUAAAGCUCCGUAGAACCACUGAAGGUUCACCACUUUCAAUGGUCAUCCUCCUCACGAGCUAAAUGCUACAGGCUUUAGUAAAAAGAAACCCUCGGUAUAGCGACAUUUAUUGUAA